AUGGAGUCGAUUGUGCAUAGUCACGAGCAAGCCGAGCGGGCACAUCACAUGCACACAUGUGCAGACAUGAGCUCGCGUCGAAAAACCAACUCGCAAAUACCAUUGGCCGCUUUUGUGCAUCGCGCUGCUAGCAGGCACAAUCAGCUGACAAAUGGCCGAUGCCAUGGCAGCGCAAAAAGCGCCAAUAUCAUCAACUGUUUGAAACCGAGUUCUCUUACGGGUGCAGACGAAUUCUUCAGCCCUCCUCCAUUCAAACUACGCAGAGGUGGUGGUGGUGGUGGUGGUGGUGGUGGUGGUGGUGGUGGUGGUGGUGGUGGUGGUGGUGGU